AGUCUUGUAUUCUUAUCCAGAACAGAAAUGUAAAGUAGGAGCACGGGUUAUAUAUGGGGAUGCAGGCCUUGUUGCACAAUGAGUAUAACUGACUCUGAAACUCAGUGUUGCCUUAAUUUCGGGCAGCAGAGCACAGGAAGACAAAUGGAUCAGGAAGACCAAUCUGGAGAUUCCUAUGUUGUAGAGAUGGCAUCACUGGCAAAAGAACUGACAGGCAAACUAGCCACCCUCAAGUCCUCCAAGGCGCUGCUCGGCGACGGCCGCCUUCCCUGCGGAAGCACCCGCAUCAUCGUCGCCAAGGUCCCUGACCCCGUACGCGAAGUCGACAAGGCAGAGUACGAGCACGAUUACGUCUCCGUCGGCCCAUACAACUGGCCUCGGCCACAGAGCAACAAACUGCACCUGGCAAGGGAGCAAGACAAGCUGAGAAAGCUGGACGGCGUGCUCACGGCGGCGAUAGCCGUUAACCCCGGAAUCACGCUGGAGGACUACCUCGGGGAGCUGGCGCGGCUGGAGCCCUUUGCACGGAGCUGCUACGCCCGGGAUUUCGUGGACUUGACGAGCCGGGAGUUCGUGCGCAUGCUGCUGCUCGACGGCUGCUACAUACUCUCCUGCUUCACCGGCAUCGCUGCACCUGCUGCAACGGAGAAUGGCGGCGUCCCGGCGCCGGCAGACUGCACGGCACGCGGCGGCGGCGGCGCCAUGCUUGAGGAUUUAUCGCUGGUGCGCGACGUGUUCUACCUGGCGGAGAACCAGAUACCGUUCGUGGUCCUCGAGAAGAUCGCCGAGCUAACAACCUCUUCGGACGGUAAUACGGCGGUCGAAGGGAUCGUGCAGUAUGCUCUUGAACUGCUGAAGAGAUACGCCGUGGCGGCGGCGCCGGCCAUGACGACCAUGGUGGCGCCCGACGUGCCGAAGGAGGCGCCAGGAAAUCUCCUGCAUCUUCUCCACAUGCACCUGAAGCCCGCCGUGCUCCAGCCAGCGGCCGCCAAUGGGGGCGCGUCGGUGGGCCGGUGGCGCACGGCGACGGAAUACGUCUCCGCCGGCGUGAAGUUCAAGAGCCGGGCCAUCGGCACGAAGAAGGGGAACGCGCGCUGCAUCCUGGACGUGAAGCUGUCCGGCAGCGGCACGCUGGAGGUUCCCUGCCUGGACAUCGACGGGCAGACGUGGCGGCUCCUGCGCAACCUGAUGCAGCUGGAGCAGCAGAACCGGGGGACGGUGGGCACGCACGUCACGGCCUACUGCGUGUUCAUGUCGCAGGUGGCGUGCACGGAGAAGGACGUGGAGCUGCUGUCCAACGCCAAGGCGGGCGUCAUCGGCCACGGCCAGGGCACCGACGCCGAGGUCGCCGCGUGCUUCGCGGAUCUCUGCAAGGGGAUCAUGUUCGACCCCGACGACUCUGAUGGGAACUACCUCGGGGCGAUUUGGCAGGAGCUGGAGAAGCGGGUCCGGAGCAACGCGCGGCGCUGGAUGGCGUGGCUCUGGCGGAAGCAUUUCCGCAACCCCUGGCUCGCGCUUGGGCUGCUGGCGGCUGCCGUUGGGCUCGUUUGCGCCGUCGUCCAAGUCGUGUACUCUGUUUUGACCUACAGACAAGGAUUCGACCUCCACUAGAAAUUCUAGCGCUCGUCCAUGUGUAGAUGUGUGUUUGUUUUCUUCUUGGGCAACUCCGAACGAACUUUAUUACAAGAUGCUUGGUUGCUAGAAUGUGAUGGAGCUGUUCCAGAUUC